GCAAACGAUGCAACUUAACUUAGUGCAUCACAUUCAUCAGCGGUGAAACUACUUACCGCUAUCAAUAUCCGUGUUCACCUAAAUUUUCGAAGCGUUUAUUCAAUAAUUUUUCAUAUUUAGACGCACAUUAAUCAAAAGCGCAUGCAAAUGUCGCAUCAAAUCGACAGUCGUCGCAAUCGUCAACGUCACCAAAUGUCCGCAACACCCGCGCAACGCACACUACCGCCUUUUGUAAGUAUCGCCACCGUCACCACCACAACCAUUUUUUGUUGCAUUUGGCUGUUGCUCGUAAACGCGCCUGCCCCCAUUCAAAUGCGUCGUUUGCAACGCUGUGAACUCGCCAGUCAGCUGUAUAUUUUGGAUGUGCCGAAAUCGGAGCUAGCGCUGUGGCUGUGCAUCGCCCAAUAUGAAAGUCGCUAUAACACGCAUGUGGUGGGCAAUCGCAAUGCGGACGGUUCCAGCGACUAUGGACUGUUUCAGAUCAGCGGCCGUUAUUGGUGUCAGCCGGACAAUGGUACGAAAUAUUAUGCAUUCAAUGAGUGCAAUGUCAAAUGUAGCGCCUUGCUGCUGGAUGACAUCACCGAGGCGGUGGGGUGCGCUAGGAUUAUACAGCGUCGUCAGGGUUGGACUGCUUGGAGUGUGUAUACGUUCUAUUGUAAUAGGACGCUAAGGAAUGUAGAUGAUUGUUUUGAGUGAGAAAGUCAAUGAGAAAAAUAAGAAAGAAUAAGAACAGAAGUAUCGCAUGUGUUAAAAUACCCAAUGUGUUCUUAUAUUGAUGACAUCAAAUAAAUAAUAUGUGUGUUCAUUUAAA